AUGUCCUCAUCGCUUCGCUUCCGCCCCCCUGCCUACCUCGGCGAGAAAGACCCCAUCGUUCCCAGGACACCCAAAUCCCCCCGAGGCGCGUAUACGGGUGACCCGAUUCCCGUGAGGAAACAGUCCCACUCACACCUCCGCCGGGCCAUAACUCUCGUGUUCCUGUUCGGGACACUCGCAGCCGCAGCAUUGCUCUUCCUUGCACUAGUCCCCCACUACCAUGUGAGUCUCGGACUUCGGUUCCCGGCGCUCUCGUCGCUAUAUCGGACGGCGGACAAGGGGCCUGGUACGCGUGCAAACCAACAAUCGACUCCGCCCCCUCCCACGGAAAUAAUCCAGGCUGUCUUCGCCGACCAACACGCCUUCCAGAUGCCGGGCGCCAAGGGCGAUCGCGCGUGGUUGAACAUGUUUCCCAAAGGCGAUGGGCGCGUGAAGGUGAGGGAUCCGGAGAUGAGGACGCAGAUCUACGACGUCGCGGUCGUCAAACAGUUGGAAUGCCUGGCCUUCCUCCGCCACAUCCUGAUCGACUACUCCCACGAACAACAUCCCCAGGCGCACGAGAUAUCUCGUGCCUAUCACUGUCUAGACCACGUGCGGCAGGCGGUGCUCUGCGCGGCGGACACGACGCUGGAACCGACCACUCUGCAGGACGGGAUGGCGCCGCGUGAUCAAGCACAGCGUUAUGGACAUGAAGCCACCUCGGGUGCCCAUGUCAAUCCCAGAGCAGCUACCCUGCAUACUUGUAAGAAUUGGACAGCUGUGAAGAGAUGGAUUGAGGAGAAUGGGUGCACUAACGAGUCCGGAAUUGACUCUGAUCUGACUUGA